GUCGACUAGUAAACCAGCAAUUCCUGCGUGCGAAGUCCGAGGGAAAAGGUCCCUUCCCUCUUUUCCUGCGGAUGCUCAUCUCAGCACUUAGUACUCCUCCGGUGCAGUCUCUCUCUAUCUCUUGCAUGCUCAUCCUCUCCUUAAAGUCUUUCUCUCUGUGUAAUCUCAGUCCUUAUUGAUCAUUGCCUUUUGUAAACUCCCUCUCUCUUUCUUGCUCGUAAUCUAUGCACAUAUGAUUGGCCUUUCGAUUUCUCGUAAUGAGGUUUUGUUCAAAGAAUAUACCUUAUUCUAUCCUGGGUUUGGAUUUGGGGUAUGUUGGGUGGGACAAAAUCGGGUUUUCUCUUAUAUUCACUAUGUUUCUUCCCCAUGAAGGCUUCUUAUCAUAUUUGAGCUCUGUUUCGAUUUGAGCUCUGUUUCCAAUUCUUAUUAUGUUAAAAGCCACUGAAAUUCUCGAAAGAUUACUCAAAAGGAAGUCAGAGGACUCUGAAUUUGUAGAGGAAGAUUUAUCUCCACCACCAUUCAUUAAGCCAAGAUUUGGUGACUUCGUAUUUGGAGCUGAAAACCAAGGUGGGGUUGAAUUAGAAGAGACUAAACAUGAUGAAAUGAGUGUAAUGAUUUCAUUAGAUGCAUUGGAGAACAAAAGAGAUGUUGAAAUGAUUGAGAAUGCAUUGGAGAACAAAAAAGAUGUUGAAAUGAUUGAGAACCAGUGCAUUUUGAGGGACCGUGAUUCUAGUAAGACUAAUUGGGUUGGUACCAAAGUCAGCGAACAAGAGCUUCAAUGCUAUCUCUCUGAAGAUUAUCAAAAUUCUUUAGAGGAGAGCAUAGAAUCAUUUAUUUUGGACCAAUCUUCAAAAUUAACCGAAAAGGAAGACAAAAAGUUGAUAGACAAACCAGACUCUUCAAUUGAUAGAAAUUUGCAAGUUGGGGUCUCAAAUGAGGAAUCAAGUAGAGCGAAUAGCAAUACCCAAAUGCUCCAUUUUUUUGUUCGAACCAGUUUGGAUGGCCAUUGUCGAACCCUGGUGCUCCAAGCCAUGCCAAACGAUACCAUUAGGUCAGUUCACGAACAAAUCUCAAUGAAGACAGGCAUACCUGUAAGUGAGCAACGCCUGGUAUAUCACAGGAAGCAACUACAUUGGGAUCACACACUCCAAGAUCAUGAAAUCCAAAGUGACUCGACACUUCAAUUGGUGGGGCGAAUGAGGAGCUCUUGUGAUCCCCAUUCAUGGAUGCUCGUGUGCGACUUGAUAUCUACGAUCUCUCAGAUGCGAGCCUUGGGCCACCACAAUAUGUUUCUCGAGCACAGUCUUGUCUUCAAGAUGAAGACCUUUUUGAGGAUGGCCUCUGGCUCUGAGACCCCACUAUCUAAACAGACAUCACCCUCGGUUUAUUCACCAGUCUCAAACCAUAUGAGGGUCUUUCAGGUUGCUGGUGCACCGGCUGCUUUAGUCACACUCUUCUUGUCUGAGAUAGAGGAGUACCGAGAGUGUGCUAAGCGGGCAAUCUCUCUUUUCUUUAACUCUAAAUAUUUGCCUGAAGAAGUUAAUGGGUAUUGUGCUCCUGUGCUUGUGGAGUUCUGUAGGCUACUUAGAAGGACCACAUGUGACCUUGGUUUCUACAAUGAAUGCCGCCAUUUUCUUGCUUCUUUGCUUGAGUCGAAUGGUGAUUGGGCUUCAUAUUUUCGUGACGAGAGGGCUUAUAUUAUAGCAAGGGAGCUUUCUCCCUUUGUGUUCGAGCUGGCAGGUAGAGUAUCAACAUGUUUAGAUGAGGCACUUCAAUUGACAUCAUUUCCUAUGACAUUAGUUGAGGAGGCAAAGGAUCUUUCGAUUUUCUUCAUCGCAUUAUGCAAAGCACUGGAAGAGUAUGGGGAUAUGGCCAUCUUUGUCUUUGAGAUGCAUUCCUCUCUAGAACACAAGGCUGAGGUAGGUUCUUUUCAUUGGUUACAUGCGACUUUCAAUGAGCUAUUGGGGAAGAUUGAUAAAUGCCUAGAGUCAAUGGAGAAAUCUUUGGUCACACUUGGGAAAGAAUGUGCAUUUUAUCGCUCUGCAUGCACUUCGUAUCUUGUUGCUUUGAAAGGUUUGAAUGAAGUCUCUAAGCUCUUCAAAGGUGCCCGAGAUUAUCUUCUUUAUGUUUUAAGAAUGCGGAAAAAGAUAUUGAAUGACCUUGUUAAGCAUUCAAAGCAAUGCACUGAUCACGUGUGGCUCCUCCUUGAGCAUAAGGACCUCAUUGAUUUUGAUCCAAAGAGACGGCUAUUGCUGUCAAUGCUUCCAGAACUCAAAGAGGACAAUGAUGAGCGGUAUGAGAUGCUCAUUGAGAGAGGACAAUUGCUAACAUCAUCAUAUGAGUACAUAGCUAAAGCAGACCGUCAUGAGAUACAAAAAGGCCUUCUUGUGGAUUUCAAAGAUGAGGAAGCCAUUGGUCCUGGGGUUGUGCGAGAAUGGUUUCGUUUGGUCUCUCAUGGGAUCUUUGAUGCACGAAACAGCCUUUUUCUGCAAUGCCCGAAUGACCGCCGAAGGUUCUUUCCUAACCCCGCAUCUGGCGUGAACUCCUUGCACCUUCCAUAUUUUGGAUUCUGUGGUCGAUUGGUUGCUAUGUCAUUGAUGCAUAAAGUGCAGUUAGAUGUCGUGUUUGCUCGUGCAUUCUUCUUGCAAUUGGCUGGGAGAUCUGUAUCUUGGGAAGAUGUUCAGGAUGCUGAUCCAUCCAUGUAUUCAAGCUGCAAACGAAUCAUGGAUAUGGAUCCUGAAGUUCUAGAUUCAGAUGCUUUAGGCCUCACUUUUGUCACUGAAGUUGAAGAAAUGGGGUUACAUAAGGUCAUAGAACUUUGCCCAGGAGGGAGGGGUAUAACUGUAAAUAGUUCCAACCGGCAGCAAUAUAUUGAGCAGCUUAUUCAACAUCGCUUUGUCACAUCUGUGAGUGAACAAAUCUCCCACUUUUCACAGGGUUUUGCUGAUAUUCUUUGUGAGCCCAAGCUUUAUAAAAGCUUCUUCCAAAGCCUGGAGCUGAAGGAAUUUGAUCUUAUGCUAUAUGGAAGUGAUAGACCUAUUUGUGUGAAGGAAUGGAAAGCGCACACUGAGUAUCAUGGGUACAAGGAAACUGAUGAUCAAAUUGUUUGGUUCUGGAAGGUGGUUGAAGGCAUGUCGGUGAGAGAGCAAAAGAUGCUUCUAUGCUUUUGGACCUCAACUCAUCAGUUGCCCCUCGAAGGAUUCCCAGGUUUGCCGGGCAAUCUGCAAAUAUGCAAGAGUCAUCACGGCCCAAAUUGGUUACCCACUUCACAUACUUGCUUUUAUCAACUCUGUCUUCCAAUUUAUCCCUCAUUAAAGAUUAUGCGUGAUCGUAUUCUUGCCAUCUCUCAAGAGCACAUAGCACAGAGCUUUGGAUUUGCUUAGCUAUGGUACUCUCUUUCUCUCGCUCUCUCUCAAAAUCUCAGAAUUGGGGUUUGCAUAUAUUAUGAAAAAUAAUUGUGUAGAGAUAGGUAUAGGUAUAAUUACUUUGAAGAACUCUGCUUGUACAGUGCUAGCUCCUUCAAAACGAGCUUAUUUUUUUAGCAACAGUUUUCUUUAUUAUUGUACAUAAAGUCUUAAAGGGUUGGUGGUAACUGUGGCUGUGACUUCUCCUUGUAUUGGUCGAAAAGAGAGGACUUGUUUGUUCAAUGUGCAAGGCCUCAUCAUAAUGUUAAAGUUUUCUUGAACCGGUAUCAGGUCUAGUUCUACUAACAUGCUCUCCAUUGAUUUGGAGAUGGUCUGUGAAAAGCUUGUGAAAUUAGACAGUGGUGCCUGUAAACAAACAAGCAAGAUUCGAUAAACCGUGAUCAUAACA